AUGGAGAAUCAACAACAUCAUCAUUCAAGACAUCUGAGUCUACAGCAUGAAGAUUCAAAUAAUAAUAAUACUAAUAAUAAUAAUAACUCUCCUAAAGUUCCUUCCCCUCAUCACAAUGAACAAACUUCAAAUAAUAAUAGUAACACUAAUAACAAUAAUAAUAAUAAUAAUGCCAGUACUAAUAUUAAUAAUAAUAACGACACUAAUAAUACAAACUAUUCCAAUUAUGAACAAUUAUAUCUACCGGAAUCUAAUUCUUCAAAUAAUUUUCUUCAACAAAUGGAUAAUGAUAAUCAAUCACCAAAUUUUAUGGAUCAAAAUUGGACCCCACAAAUGUUACCACAAACAGCUUCUUAUUUGGCCAAUUUAGAUUUACCAAAUAUUCCCAAUACUCAUAGCAACCAUUAUAACCCAAACACUUCUUAUAAUUCAUCAUCAUCAAUUAUUCAAACUAUACAACAUCAACAUAAUGUACACCACGAAGAUUUACAUGAAGAUCAAGAAAAACAUCAUCAAUAUAUAAAUUCUAAUUCUCCAUCAUCACAUCAACAGUUUACACCUCAACCAGGCAUUCCUCCUCCUGCAAAGACCAAUAAACAAAAGCGUCCGUGUGAUCAAUGUCGGAAACGGAAAAUCAAAUGUGUAAUAGUACCCAAUACCAAUAAUUGUGUCCAAUGUGAAGCUAAACAAGUGAUAUGUACAUAUACUGAUCAAGCUCCAAAACGGAAACUUAUUGACAUGAAUAACAAUGGUGGUGGUGGUGGUGAACAAUUAUUGAAAAGAGGAAGAAUGGAUACUAGUAUAUUACCAAAUGGCACGAUGAUUGCUCCACCCGAUGUAGCUAUUCGUGAAGUAUCACCCAUACAAGAUUAUUCAGCAAUGAAUAAUUCUUUAUUGAAAAGAACUUUAUCAUUACAAUUUCCUCGAUCUAGUUUUUAUGUUGGACCCACAUCUUCAGUAUAUGAUAUCAAUUUAUUAAAUUCCAUAAUCAAAUCUCAUGAAAAUGAAUCACCCAAAAAUAAUAAAAUUGAACAAGUUAAUCUAAAUAAUUCUGUUUCUUUAAGAAAAGUUAGUGAUACAGUUCAAUUUAUAUUAAAAGAAGAUCAAUCCCCACAAUCUUAUCAAAUAAUGUCUAAUGAUGUUGAUACUAUUGAAAAAUUUAUAUCUCCACAUGGUCAAAUUUUGGUAGAUUUAUAUUUCCGAAUCAUUCAUCCUUCUUAUCCUAUUAUUCAUAAAAAAGUAUUUAUUGAAAAAUAUUCUCGUACUCAUCGAGAAUUUAGUGCUCCAUUAUUGGCAGCAGUUUAUGUAUUGGCUAUACAAUGGUGGGAUUAUGAUCCUCAAUUGAAUCGAUUUCCUAAACCAAAUGUGGAAAUGAUCCUUAAAAUUGGUUUGAAUAAUUAUAUGUUGGAAAUUUUGAAACGACCUAAAUUAAGUGCAGUUCAAGCAGGAUUGUUAUUGUUACAAUGUAAACAUAUUAUCAAUUGUAAAACUUCAAAUGGACUCCGACAACAAGGUGCAGGUAGUACCAUUAACGGUAAUGGUAGUAGUGGAAGUAUCAACAAUGGCGAUGCUGAUUAUUCUGAAUGGAUCUUGUGUUCACAAAUAGUAUCUUUAGCUGAAGAAUUAGGUCUUGGAUUAGAUUGUAAUGAUUGGAAAUUACCUAAAUGGGAACGGGGAUUACGGAAACGAUUAGCUUGGGCAGUAUAUUUAGAAGAUAAAUGGUUAUCACUCAAACUUGCUCGACCAUCACAUAUAAAUGAAUCAAAUUGGAUGGUAUUACCAUUAUAUGAUCAAGAUUUCCCAGAAAAACAUGGUGAUGGAGAUUUAAAAGAAGGAUCUUCAGAUAUUGAUAAUGGGAAAAAAAUUUUUAUUAAUUUAAUUGAAUUAUCGAAAAUAUUAUCGGAUAUUUUAAAUCAAUUUUAUUCUAUGAAAGCUAUGAAAGAAAUUACUGAGAUUGAUCAAGUAUUAAAAUUAGCUAAACCUUUACAAUUAAGAUUACGUGAUUGGUUUCGAUCAUUACCUAUGGAAUUACAAAUGAGUUCAGUUCAACCAAGAAAAUUAUGUUCUAAUGGAUUUCUUCAAUUAGCAUAUUUUGCUACUGAAUUAACUUUACAUAGGAAAAUCACUACGAUAAUUUUCAAUCAAACAAAAUUGGGUAACCCACCAUCACCAGAAUUAGUUGGAGUUUGUCGUAGUGCUGCCAAAACUAGAUUAAUGGCAUCAAUUGAAUUUGUUCGAGAUUUAAAACAAGAACAUAUUCAUUCAUUUUGGCAUUGUUCAGCUACUUCAAAUUUUACAUUAAUUGGUACAUUUGCAGCAAUUUUAUUAAUAUCUUCAUCAACAAAGGAAGAAACUGAUUUUUAUCGUGAUCAAAUUUUAAAUUAUCGAUGGAUUUUAAAAAUUUCUUCUAAAGGAUUUGAUCAAGCUGCUGAAGCAUUAGCUGAUUUAGAUUUAGUUUUAACCAAUAUUCCCGGGUUAAUUUAUGAUAAUGUUAAUGUCCCUUCACUUUUACCAAAUGUUCUGGAUAAUUUAUCCCUGAUUCAAUCUCAAAUGAAACAUUAUUCUCCAACAGCAGCAAGUCCACCAAGUUCUACAACAUCAACACAACAACAACAACAACAACAACAACAACAAAGAACAAGAACGGCCCCUAUUAGAGAAUCACCAUUAAGUUCUCCUCAAAAUAUGUAUACUCCACCAGUAAACAACAGCAACAACAGCAACAACAACAACAACAACAACAAUAAUGCUAAUGCUGGUUCAGGGAAUUCUAAUAAAGGAUCACCCCCUAUAUCUCAUACACAAGGAUUAUCUCCAAAGACUAAAAGUAUCAGUGUUGUGUCUAAUUCUGGUACAACUCCAAAAAGUCCAGUAAAAUCACCACAAAUAACCAAAUAA